UUCUUACAAGGAAAUUCAUUGACUGGAGUAUUGUUCCUAGUUGCAAUGUUCAUUGGCAAUGUUGAGAUGACAAUUGCAAUGAUAGUAUCGGUUAUAGUGGCAAGCCUGGCAGCAAUCAUAUCAAAACUACCCUAUGACAAUACACUCAAUGGAUUAUAUGGUUUCAACGCUGCCCUUAUUGGAUGUGCAAUGAUAUUCUACUUUGAACAAAAUUACGCCGUCGUAAUAGCAUAUAUAAUUGGAUCUGUGAUAAGCACCUUCUUUAUGCAUCUCUUCCUGUGGCAAGGACUACCAGCUUAUACGUUCCCCUUUAUCGCAGUCUCUUGGGUACUCAAGGUAAUUCUGGAAAAGGCACACCUAGCUGUAUCAAAGUCACCUGGUCCAACAAUCGAUUACUAUUCAUUGGAUAUAUUUAUGGUACCUUCACAUGGCUUUGGAGAGGUUAUGUUCCAAGGUGAUGCAAUCAGUGGCAUACUCAUGAUCGUUGGAAUAUUUAUAUCAUCACCAAGUGGUGCAAUGUUUGGAGCUAUUGGCUCAAUGGUUGGUGUAGUGGCAACUCAACUCUAUCAUCCCUCGGCCAGCAUAUCCGAUAUCAAUGCUGGACUAUAUUCAUUCAACGCUGUACUUAGUGGAAUAGCAAGUUCAAAUGGUGCCGACACCAAUGCAAUAGAUGGGCUGUAUAUGAUCAUCACAGUCAGCAUAGCAACAAUAUUCUACAUCUUCUUAGGUGUCAAUCACAAGUUUACAACAUUCACAUUUCCAUUUGUCACCUCUAUGUGGGCUUUGGCAAUAUGGAAGAGAUUGGUACUCAGUCGUAUGAUCCCAUUCAUCUACAAGAAGUAUCUCAGACAUCACAUGGAACGUUUACAAUUCGUCCCCAAACCUCAUCAUCACAAUCAUAUAUCCAAACAACUAAAACAACAACAAUUACAACAACAAAGACAAUUCUCUGACAAAUAUGAUGAUAUAACAAUUAUAGAUAAUGAACAUCAGUAUGCAAUAGAAAUAAUAGAGAUAACAAACUCAGUUAUGAAGAACAACAAAGAUAUAGGACAUUUGGAUAACUAUCAUAACAAUCCCCAACUCCCCCAUCGA